GGGGGGGCGGGGCCUCUUUCGUCAGCGCUGUCGAUGGCGGCGGCGGGACUGGGACCCGGCGAGGCCGCCGCGGCCGCUCACGCCCUGUCGCUGCCGGCCGAGGCCUUCGGCAACGAUCCCCGCGUGGAGCUGGCCUGGGCUAUGAAAGCCCAUCAGCACGCCCAGAUCUACUUCAACCUCAUCUCCUCCGUCGACCCCAAGUUCUUGCACCUGACCAAGGUUGAUGAGCAGAUCUACAGUGAGUUCAGGGAAACCUUCAGGGAUCUGAAAGUUGACGUGUUGGACCCUGAGGAGCUGAAGUCGGAGCCUGCCAAGGAGAAGUGGCGCCCGUUCUGCCUGCGCUUCCAGGGGCUGGUGGAGGACUUCAACUACGGCACGUUGCUGCGCCUGGACUGCCGCGGGGACUACACCGAGGAGAACAGCAUCUUCGCCACCAGGAUCCAGUUUUUCGCCAUCGAGAUCGCUCGGAACAGGGAGGGAUGGAACAGCGCUGUCUACAGCAGGGCCAGGGAGCCGGCAGCUCAGGAAGCGGUGUCGGGGUGAGGAUGGGAUGAGCUCCAAGAGGGGCAGAAAGCUCCUGGCCAGGCCAGGCCAGGCCAGGGCUGCACCCACCGUCCUGCUCCCACUGUCACAGACUGUAAAUAAACGUUUUUACAAAGAAGGAA